AUGCUUGAUUUCUCCCAGCUUGAAGGCAUGGUGCUGAUGUCCCAGGCUGGUUCAUCACAACACGUUCAUUACGAAAUAAUACAGUGCAAAGUUAGAUAUAAUGGGGUUCGUAGCAUUGCCAGUAACAUGGCAGAAUCCAAGAUGAAGGAUUUUUUUGGUUCAGGUCGAUCUUCGUGGAAUUCCUUGAAGGUGAUGCGAAAUUUGAAUUUAGAUGGUGUUGGUAUAGGAGAGAGAAGAGGACAUCAAGUAAUUGUUUCUGCAAGUCCUCCUACAGAGGAUGCCGUCAUUGCUACAGAGCCAUUAACGAAAGAAGAUCUUGUAGGUUACCUAGCGUCUGGUUGCAAGCCCAAGGAAAAAUGGAGGAUAGGGACUGAGCAUGAAAAGUUUGGAUUUGAGUUUAGAACAUUACGACCCAUGAAAUAUGAACAAAUAGUCGAGCUUCUUAAUGGUAUCUCUGAGCGAUUUGAUUGGGAUAAAAUAAUGGAAGGUGACAACAUUAUUGGACUCAAACAGGGAAAGCAAAGCAUAUCACUGGAGCCCGGUGGCCAGUUUGAGCUUAGUGGUGCACCUCUUGAAACUUUGCAUCAGACUUGUGCUGAAGUUAAUUCGCAUCUUUACCAGGUUAAGGCUGUUGCUGAGGAGUUGGGGAUUGGGUUCUUGGGAAUUGGAUUCCAGCCAAAAUGGGGUCUUAAAGAUAUACCUGUGAUGCCAAAGGGAAGAUACGAGAUUAUGAGAAAUUACAUGCCCAAAGUUGGGUCUCUUGGACUUGAUAUGAUGUUCCGAACAUGUACUGUUCAGGUGAAUCUGGAUUUCGGCUCUGAAGUUGAUAUGAUAAAGAAGUUUCGAGCUGCUCUUGCCUUACAGCCUGUAGCUACAGCAUUGUUUGCGAACUCGCCUUUCACUGAAGGGAAACCAAAUGGUUAUCUCAGCAUGAGAAGCCAAAUUUGGACUGAUACUGAUAAUAACCGUGCUGGGAUGCUUCCGUUUGUUUUUUAUGACUCUUUUGGGUUUGAACAAUAUGUAGAUUAUGCUCUUGAUGUUCCCAUGUACUUUGUAUAUCGGAAGAAAAAGUAUAUUGAUUGUGCUGGAUUGUCUUUUCGGGAUUUUAUGGCUGGUAAACUUCCGUGUCUUCCUGGUGAAUAUCCAAAUCUCAAUGAUUGGGAAAAUCAUCUGACAACAAUAUUUCCAGAGGUCAGGCUUAAAAGAUAUUUGGAGAUGAGGGGUGCUGAUGGAGGACCUUGGAGGAUGCUAUGUGCCCUGCCUGCAUUUUGGGUAGGUCUCUUGUAUGAUGAAAUCUCCUUGCAAAAUGUUCUGGACAUGACAGCUGAUUGGACUCGAGAAGAAAGACAGAUGUUAAGGAGUAAGGUACCAAAGAGUGGUCUGAAGACUCCAUUUCGAGAUGGCCUGCUGAAGCACGUGGCACAAGAAGUUGUGAAGUUGGCGAAGGAUGGCUUGGAAAGAAGAGGUUUUAAGGAAACAGGAUUUCUAAAUGAAGUCACUGAGGUGGCUAGAACAGGUGUAACACCAGCCGAAAAGCUCCUCGAAUUGUACCAUGGGAAGUGGGGGAAAAAUGUGGAUCCUGUUGUUGAAGAGCUGCUAUUCUGA